AUGGUUACCUCCGUCGUAGAAGCAGAGUUGCUGCACCAAGUCAUGGAAUCCGACAUGGCCAAGCCCAUAUGUGAAGGCGUCCUGGUUGCGAUGGGUACAAUGGUUCAAGUAAUAAUAGCAGCUCUAGGUGAAGAUACUCGUUAUGACUUCACUGGAAAUCUAUAUAAAGCUCUUGAUCAAAGGGGAGUUCGCACCUUCUUUGAUGACAAGGAAAUAGGAAUAGGGGAUGAAAUUACACCAACACUUCUCAAAGCAAUCCAGGAAUCUAGGAUGGCCAUUGUUGUAUUUUCUAAGGAGUAUGCCUCCUCAACAUUUUGCCUAAAUGAACUAGUCCAGAUCCAUCAAUGUAUUAAGGGAAAUGGUCGACUGGUUUGGCCAAUUUUUUAUGAUGUGGAGCCUUCUGAAGUACGACAUCAAAGAGGGAAAUAUGGACAAGCACUAGUUACCCAUGAACAAAACUCAAAGGCUGAUGAAGAAAAGAUGAAAAGUUGGAAGCACGCACUGCACGAAGUAGCUAAUCUUAAGGGCUCAUCACAUGAUCCAAGGAAAGAUUAUGAGCAUAAACUCAUUAAAGAGAUUGUGAACCAUAUCUUUAGGAUAGUAAAAAGGGUCCCCCUUUAUGUUGCCCAAUAUCUAGUUGGGUUAAAUUCUCGAAUGCCAAAAAUAAAUUCUCUAUUGCAACUGGGGUCAAAUGAUGAGGUCAUCAUGAUCGGAAUUUGUGGAACUGGCGGAAUGGGUAAAACAACAAUCACACGUGCUGUGUCUAAUGCAAUUGCUGAUAAUUUUGAUUAUUUGUGCUUUCUCAAUGAUAUCAAAGGAGGAUUUGAAAAACAUGGCCUACAACAAGAGCAAGCCAGAAUACUUUCAAAAAUUUUUGGGGAGAAGAUAGAAAUUGAAGACAUUGAUGAAGGAGUUGAGCUCCUCAACGAACACUCAAAGAUAAGAAAGUUCUUUUGA